AUGACGGACACGGGCCACAUGGAACAGGGCGGCCCUAAUAGCCUCCCCCCGGAGCUCUGGUUAAGGAUCUGCUUCCUGCUCGAUCUCCCUGAUGCGGGUAAUUUCCGCCUGGUCUGUAAGACGUUCAGCGGCAUCGGCGCCCGCGUUGUGUUCCGUCGCCUCGUCGUGCAUGCGGACCCGGACAACCACUCCCUCCUCCGCAUUCUUGCCAGGGACCGGGCAAAGUCCAAAUACCUCCAAUCGUUUAUCUACACGCCCGCCCCGGUCCGCAGGAGCUGGGCGGGUGCCUGGUCGGCGGGCCCUGUGCGGACACUGCUAAGCGACGAUGGACAGGUCCGACAGCAAGCCUACGCCAAACUUGACCAGCAGCGUGACGCUCAUUCGCGUGUCCAGGGCAACCUGCUGAUCUGCGAGCUACUCCCCGUAGUGCUGCCCAGGCUGACGGGUCUACGAAGCGUCAUCAUCAACUGUGAAGGAUGGCACCAAUGCUCGGACAGAUACGGGGCGAGGGGUAGCUAUACCCCGUUGACGCUCAUCCACAGACAACACGGCAAGCCAGGUAGCCGCGUUCUGACAGCGCUCCUGGGCGCCCUCGAGAAAAGCGAGACAAAACUGGAAACCCUCAAAGCCGGCAGACUAGAGUGGCGAUCCAUCGGAGACCUCCCACAAACCCCAACCCAGCUUGCUCCCUUUUCCAACCUCGCCGAUCUAAACCUGCACUUUUGCGUAUGCGGUAUCGACCGCUUCGGGCUCGGCGCGAAACACCCCGACCUCGCCGAGUAUGCCCGCCUGAACGAAGCCAAAAUGCUCCCCAACUUCCUGGGAUCCUUGCCCCGCCUCCGCGCCCUCGCCAUCGCCUUCUGCUCCCUGUCACCCAGGGGUCCCGGCGUGAGCGAGGGCUGGCUGCGAGACGUCGUACGCCGGGGCCAGCACUGGCCGCACCUGGCCUCGCUCAGCUUCGGCGGCAUGAACCUGACCAAGUCGCUGCUCAUGGAUGUCCUGGCACGCCACAAGGACACCCUGCGCCGGCUCGAGCUGUUUGCCGUGUGGCUCGACGACCACUGGCCUUCUGCGCUAGCCGAGAUGCGGGAUAUGCUCACUUUGGAGGACGCUACUAUCUGGAGCGGGUUGUGCGGGGACGAGGGAAGGUGGAAGAUGUUGGGUCACCCUGAGCCCCCCCGCACGGAGGAUAGGGAGAAUGUCGUGCAUGCUAUUAGGAAGUAUAUGGUGCAAGGCGGUUCGUGCCCCAUCACGGACGAGACCGUGGCAAGGGGUCCGCCGGAAAUGUUUGGAGGAUGCCGUGGGAGUUGUUGGUAUUGA